GUGUUUUCAUAUUUUCGUGUUUCUUUCUUUGUUGAAAUUUCGGGUCGAAUCUCUAAUUAAAAAUAUAUGCUAGAAAAUAGUAAGAUUGUAGAUGGUACAAGUACAAUUUAAAAAAUUCUAAAAUUACGAAAAGCUUCAAAGUUUUAAAUAAGAGUAGAUGAACAAAAAUAUUUCCUAUGUAUCAAAUAGAUCAUGGAGUACCGAGUUUCAGCUGUAGCAGCAUUUAGAUUAUAAAUGAAAUCGUAAGGAAUUAUUUGGAUUUCCGUUUUGGAGAAAAGAUGUUGGUUACCAAACUUCUUAAAUUAGAAAACGGUGUAACAAGAUUUACAGUUAUACCUCACCUAUGUCAUCUGUGUCAUAAAGCUUUCACAACAAGAUCUGAUUUAACCGAACACCUGCUUACGCACGAACAUGAAACAAAGAACAAGGGAGAAACUAUUGUUCCUGAUAAGUCAACUAAAAAUGAAUCAAAACCUUUCAAAUGUGACAAAUGCCAGAAAUGUUUUACCAGCAGAGCAUACCUUUUGAAACAUGUCAUGUUACACGAAGGCAAAAAGCCUUACUUGUGUGAUGCAUGUGACAAGUCAUUCAGCCACAAGUCAAAUCUGAAGAAGCAUUAUCUAAUUCAUGAUCCAGGAAAAGCCAAACGAUAUCUUUGUGUUGAAUGUGGUAAAGAUUUCACAUCUAAAGCCUAUCUGCAAAAGCAUGAUUUGAUACAUAAGGGACAAAAACCUCAUGUUUGCAACAUUUGCAGCAAGGCCUUUACACUGAAAACAAACCUCCAGAAGCAUUAUUUGACACAUUCAAAUCGAAAACCAAUGCAUAUUUGUGAUCUGUGUGAUAAAGGUUUCACAUCCAAGGGCUAUUUGGAAAAACAUCGUCUAAUACACAUUGAUGAGCGACCUCAUGUGUGUGGUAUUUGUUUCAGGGCUUUUACAUUGAAAACUAAUUUACAUAAACAUUAUUCUACUCAUUCCUCCAUAAGACCAUAUGUGUGUAAUGAAUGUGGUAAAAGUUUUAAGAUGAAAGUUGGUCUUGAGCAGCAUUAUGCAGUUCAUUCAAAUGAGAAACCGUUUGCAUGCGAUGUGUGUCCUAAAUCUUUUAAAAAUAGAAAUGCGUUAGAAAGACAUGAGCGGUCCCAUUUCACAGAAUAAAUUAUUUGUUGUUUUUGUAAAGAAAUAGCAUUUCUUAAUAAAUGGUUCUGUAAAAUUUAUUCUAUAUUCUGUAAUUCUUUUCUCAUUGUUUAUGAGAAAUGUUAGGUAGAUUUUAAUUUUACUAGCUGUAGAUUUAGAAAAGCCUUGUCUUUUAAACAAAUGCAGAAUGAAAAGUCUCUAUUUUAAACAAAUAUUGAUCAGUUUCUUCAAAAAUGUUAACUAUGAUUGAGUUACACUUUGGUAAACAAUCUAGAUUUGAUUUUAAAACAUUUUUUUAGCAAUUUAUUUAAUUUAAAAUAUUGUUCAAUAAUCAAGUUUAGUAAUAAAUUAAUAGUUAUUUUAAUUUGUUUUGGCUAUCAUUUUAUUAUAAAAUUCAAAAAAUAGUAUGAAAGUUUUUGUUCCAUAUCUAUUCCAUAUCUUUUGUUCUAUACAUUUCAUUUGAAAUCAUGUUUUUUAUUUAUUUAAAAACAUAUAGAAAGCCAAUGAUUAAUGAUGAUUAUUCAACCACUAAUCAAAUCCCCGCCCCCAACCCGCCUUCCCCCUUUUUUCUUCUUUUUUUUUUAUAUGAGCCAAUGUCUUAAUUUUCUCAUCAGUGGUUGCUUGCUAUCUCUCACUUUACAUUUUUGAGAGAAUAUAAAAAAGCACUAUCUUGCAGUACAUUGUUUAUGGUGAAAAUCCAAGAUAAAGUCUUUAGCCACAAGCAUUGUACUAAAUAAUUAACUUAAAACAGUUAUUUCGAAGUGAAUAAGAAUUGAUAAAUUUACAGUAAAUUACUAACUUAAUAAAUUUGUACUGUAUAAAUCGUACAUGUGAAAAGGAGUCAAGUGAAUGUAAAUAUAGUCAUUGAAUCUGUCUAUUCUUUUACAUUUGUGCAAACAUCUAAAAUAUAGAUUAAAACUUUAUUUCUUAUAUAUAAAUAUGAAUAUAUUAAAAUUUUAAUAUAUUCAUAUUAAAAUUUCAUGAAGCUUUCACAGCAAGAUCUGAUUUGAUUAAAUACCUGCUUAUGCAUGUACAUGAAGCAAGCAACAAGGAAAAAACAUUUGUUCCUGAUAUGUCAACUGAAAAUGAAUCAAAUUAUUUCCAAUAUGAGAAAUGUUUUACCAGCAAAGCAGACCUUUUGAAACAUGUCAUGUUCCAUGAUGAAGAAAAGCCUUACUCGGGCGAUGCAUGUGACAAGUCAUUCAGCUACAAGACAAAUGUGGAGAAACAUAAUCUCGCUCAUUAUUCAGAAAAAACCAAUCUUUGUGAUGUAUGUGGUAAAGAUUCCACUUCUAAAGCCUUCUGAAAAAGCAUGAUUUGAUACAUGAGGGACAUAGACCUCAUGUUUGCUACCUUUGCAGCAAGGCCUUUACACUGAAAACAAACCUCCAGGAGCAUUACUUGACAAUUUCAGAUCGAAAACCAAUGCAUAUUUGUGAUCUGUGCGAUAAAGAUUUCACAUCCGAAGGCUAUUUGGAAAAACAUCGUCUAAUACACAUUGAUGAGUGACCUCAUGUGUGUGUGGUGUUUGUUUCAGGGCUUUUACAUUGAAAACUGAUUUACAUAAACAUUAUUCUACUCAUUCCUCCUUAAGGCCAUAUGUGUGUAAAGAAUGUGGUAAAAGUUUUAAGAUGAAAGUUGGUCUUGAUCGGCACUAUGCACUCUAUUGAAAUGAGAAACCAUUUGCAUUUGAUGUGUAUCCUAAAUCUUUUAAAAAUAGAAAUGCGUUAGAAAGACAUGAGCGGUCCCAUUUCAAAGAAUAAAUUAUUCGUUGUUUUUGUAAAUAAAUAGCAUUU